UGUAAUAUCAUCAAUACCCCAAAGCCUUCUCUCCUUCUCUCUCUCGCUCAUACAUAAUAGUUGGCUUGUCAUCCAGUCAUCCACCAUCCACUUGUGGACGAGUUUCUUGAUCAAGUGAUCAUGGGAAUUCACAAGCCUGCGUGGUUGGAAGCGCUGUAUGUGCAGAAAUUUUUCGUGCCAUGCUCAAUUCAUGAAAGUGCAAAGAAGAAUGAAAAAAACAUCUGCUGCUUGGAUUGCUGUACAAGUAUUUGUCCGCACUGCGUCAUGUCUCAUCGAUUCCAUAGGCUUCUUCAAGUUCGACGUUAUGUAUAUCAUGAUGUUGUUCGAUUGGAAGACCUAGAGAAACUCAUUGACUGCUCCAACGUUCAGGCUUACACAAUUAACGCUGCAAAGGUGGUGUUCAUCAAGAAAAGACCUCAAAACAGGCAAUUUAAGGGGUCCGGGAAUUUUUGCACCUCUUGUGAUAGGUGUCUCCAAGAACCCUUCAUUCAUUGUUCUCUUGGGUGCAAGGUUGACUUUGUGCUUAAACACUACAAGGACCUCUCUCCAUUUCUGAGGGCAUGCAAAGUCUUACAACUUAGUCCAGACUUCUUCAUUCCUCAAGAUUAUGGUGAUGAUGAAAUGACAAAUGAGACCCCUCAUUCAACAAUUGUGGACUGUGACGAGCCAUUGAGCUCCUCAUCGGGCUCUUCGGGGUCUGAGAAUAUGAGCUUUAUGUGCACCGAAUUUGUGAGGAAGAAGAGAAGUGGAUUAUACGUUUGUGGAAGAUCAGCAACUAAGAUCACAGAUGAGGAUAUGGCUACAAGCAUGAGUAGAAGAAAAAGAGUUCCCCAUAGAUCACCACUAUGCUAGACAGUUCUAAA